AUGCUCGACUUUGCAGACGGCGCAUCGGCGCACGAAAAAAGUUACAUCACCAUUGGCCAGAUACCAGAAGAUGUCAACCCUGAAUCGAAAAAGGCGCCGUUUUCGACUAUAUCGCAGCACGUGCUUGUCCAUACUACGGAAUUGAUUCUCCCUGAAGAUGUCUAUACUACGACAUGGAGCUCGAUACGGGAAAAGCUUGAAAAGCCGCGAUACAUCCAAGUCAUGAUGCCACUCAUCGCGUUGAUUGAAGGGGAUUUUUUCAAUGAUUUCGUCAAACCUGGGUCUGUUUUGAUGCUGUCCGAAGGCCGACCUGGAGUGGACGAUAAGUUUUCGUUAUCACAAGGCAUCCUCACCCUCCAGAUGGGCAGAGAGAAGUACGAACACACCGGCCUCACGGGAAAGCCAAUUCGCAGUGGAGGCAGAAAGCAUGCAAAGGAAAGAUUCGCAAUCGAGAUUGAUCUCCGCCAGCCUUCGAUGCUGCACGGCAAGAAAGGAUUCGAACGGAUCGUCUGGGCUUGUCGAAAUGUGCUCAAUGCCUCAGUCACCUGGCUUUUAGCGUGCGAUGCAGUCUCUCAGAACCCUCUAGACAAAGCUGCCGCCACCCUUCAGAAAUAUCAGCCUAGAAUCCUAGAUUGUGACUUUGAGGAAAUCGCGCACCCCGUCGUCAAUGUCCCACCCCUAUCCAUGGAUGAAGCGCGCUCUCUGUCCUCGCCAGCUGCCUUGGAGGACUAUUGUAAUGAUGUCUCCGAAUGGCUUGGCCUGGCCUCCCUACAAUCCCCUCGUAUUUCUGUAGAGGACAUAAUCGAUCCCUAUCUCAGUCGUUAUGCCGUAUCUCAGUCCGAGUCACUACAACCACGGUCUACAGCCCUUGUGAGUCUCCGCUGGCAAGGCGUCAUGACUUCCCGCUGGAUUAAUCAAUUGUUCACUUCUUGCCUCCUAGAACAACGGCUCCACACUGGCAGGUUGAGCGCCUGGAGCGCUCUAUCUGCCUCGACUUUCCAGCGAGUUGCGGUCGAAAAUAGCGAUGGCUACACUGUUUUGUCAAUGACGGAAAGUGCGAAACCCAGGGAAAGCGGAUUUGUAGCCUGGGAGUUCGUCGGUGCCUCCCUGUCUACUUGA